AUGGCCGACGCGAUACCUGCAAAGCUCAAAUCGCUGCAGCUUGCGCCAUUCGCGAAAAGAGCCGCGCAGCUCGAGCGCUUCAAGCCCAUCGUCACAUACUGGUUACGCUUCCACAUAGUGCAGAAGAUCAUCGGCGCUGGACUGCACUCGGCCGACGCAGAAUGCACCGCCUACACCACCGAUCUGAUGGAGAAGCUGGAGCAGACCAAGGCAGACAUGCCGGGCGAAGACGCGCUGUUGGACGACGUUGCGGCGGGCGCGUACUGCGAACAGUUUGCAUUGCAGACGUUUGCAAAGGGCGAAAAGGACAUGACAGAGAACAAGGUCACUGCCACCACGGCAGACACGCUCAUGGCUGCAUCAACCUUCCUCGACAUGCUCAACAUCUGGAAGACAGACGAUCCAGAGGUGGCCUCGAAGACCAAGUACGCCAAGUACCAUGCCCUACGCAUAAUCAAGGCCAUCAAGGCUGGCGAAGACCCAAAUGCUAGCAAUCCAGUGCAGGAGCAGGAGCAACAGCCGCCUUCGCCGCCUCUGCUUGACCCAACCGAUCCUGAGGUGCAGCGUAUCAACCGGAGCACACCGCAGCCACCUGCGUCGAACCCAUAUCAGCCAUAUGUCGAUUCGGCGCCCAACACUGACGCACAACCAUCGCCGAGUUUCUCUGCACCGAAGGUGUCGCCUCCACCAAACCUACCCACAGCACCUACAGGUUACACAUCGAACGCACACGACGAUGUGUCUCCCAUCUCUCAACCAGCAACGUCUCGCCAGGGAUCUGUGGUGUCAGUGGGCGGAGGAUACUUUCCUAGGACAGAUGCACCACCGACGUUUACCUCAGACAACACUGCCCCUAGCCUGCCAACGGCACCUUCGACCGAGGACAACCCCUUGACGUCCUCCCUGGGAGGUCCAGGUGGUCCAACAGACGCGGCUCCGCAGACUUCUGGAGCUCCUGACCCGUCCACCCUCUAUCAGAAUCCUGCAUCGCCUCCUCCGAUUGCGCAGCCACCGCAACCUUCUCCGCUGAAUCCGUAUGCGUCUCCACCUCAGCAACCACAGCAACACUACCCUGCGCCAUCGCCUCAGCCCCUUCAGCAACCAUACCAUAUGCCGCAGACCACUCUCCCUUCUCAGCAGCAUUCGUCUGCGCCACGUCAAAACCCCUAUGCCCAGCCAGCACCACCACCGCCUCCACCUGCAUCGUCGUCGCAAGGACCUUUCAGAGACGACGAAGAGUCGAUCAGGCAAGCGCAAAAACAUGCCAAGUGGGCCAUCUCGGCGCUGAAUUUUGACGACUCGGCGACUGCAGUCAAGGAGCUGCGGAUCGCGCUGCAAGCGUUGGGCGCACAUUGA